AUGGCCCAAAAACUGAAAGUCCUAUUCGUUCCGAUCGACGCCAUCGGACACGUGAAUUCGGCCAUAGGUAUAGCACAGGUACUACUAGACGCCGGACACCAGUGCCUGUUCGCCAUAAACAUCCAAUGGAAGGGUCGGCUCACAAAGUACGGCAUUGAGGAGGUGCUCAUCGCACAGGACGACAGGCCCACGGAUGUAGACCCGGCUCAACACUGGGCCGACCUGUUUGUGAACGGGGGCGGCAUUAAAGACACGACACCAUUGGAAACGGCGAUCAAUAUUAACAUUAAACUGAUAGCACAGUUCAAUGAAAUGACGAAGGAUUUGGAUGUGAUAGUGGACGGGCUGUUGAAGGAUAUACAGCCCGAUGUAGUGAUUGUGGAUCAACAUAGGUGUAUACCGGCGUUGGAGUUGUCGGGCAUACCAUGGGUGGCCACAUGUAGUUUCAAUCCACUGGUUUUCAUACCGGAUGAGCGCACACCACCUAAUAUGUCAGGUCUAUCGAUAAAUAGCCCUAAAAGCGAGUGGAAAGCCUUCAGGGAUGCCAAAAACUCAGCUAAAUAUCCCGGUUGGAAAACAUUCAAUGAUUGGGUGGUAUCGCGAGGUAUACCCCCUUUGGAGACCAACCGGUUUAAUAGGGACUCAAAGUAUUUAAAUAUUUAUGGCUUUCCAAUGGAGUUGGACUACGCGGACAUCAGACCAUUGCCUCCAAAGUGGUAUAGAUUUGAUAAUCUUAAACGGACUGAACUACAGGACACGUUUGAGAUACCGGUGCCGCUGAGGGAUAGACCGGGAAAAUUGAUAUACUUUUCGAUGGGAUCUAUGGGUGGCGCGGAUGUGGAGAAUAUGAAGAGAUUAGUGACUAUUUUGUCGAAAUCUAAGCACAGAUUCAUUGUAUCGAAAGGACCCAAACAUUCGGAGUAUGAAUUGUCGGAUAAUAUGUGGGGCGCGGCUACU